AUGAAGGUACAUCUCUUCGGGGGAGUGUGGAGCCCAUCAUGUGCUGGAUACGCACUACGACAAACAUUCCAAGACCACGGGCAAAGGCUCCAUGAAGAAAUUAAAAAAGCAAGUCAUAACUUCUAUGUCGAUGAUCUGCUUCUUUCAAUAGCAUCACCAGGGAAGGCGGCGAUAGUCACUCACCAACUGAGGCAGUUGAUGAAGAAAGGCGGAUUCAGACUUACAAAAUGGAUCUGCAACCACAAAGGGGUCCUCAGAGCAGUCCCACAAACAGAAAGGGCCAUGGAAGUGAAAGAAGUACUUUUGAAGGAUGACAGGCUCCCAGCUGAACGAGCAUUGGGAAUCAUGUGGGAUUUAGAGAAUGACGAACGUGCAGUUCGAAUUCAAAUCCCGACGAAGCCAGAAACGAAGCGAGGUCUCCUGAGUGCGGUCAGUUCCAUAUACGACCCAAUAGGAAUCAGCGCUCCAAGCACCAUACAAGCCAAAAUCAUAUUCCAGGACGAGUGCAGUCAAGGCAUCGGGUGGGGUGAGCAAAUGACCAAACACAACAGAGCUGCUAAAUGA